AUGGCACCAUCAAUGAAUCCGCAUGCACCCGUGGAGGCGCUGAAGAUUCUUCCCAACAGAACACACCAGAACUGGCUCAAAGAUCGGGGUCUACGAAAGUUGAAUCUGGGGAUUGCAUUUAUAUUCGCCUCCUCAGCUGGCACGGGAUAUAACGGGAGUCUUAUGAAUGGUUUGCUGGUUUUACCUGAAUUUGACAUGAUCAUCGGCGGCUUGAAACCUAGCAUCGUCGGUCUCCUUAUCGCUGCCACCUCUCUGGGUGCAUUCUUCGCCUUUACUCCAGCCUCUUAUAUUGCAGAUACUCUGGGAAGGAAGUGGUGUGUUGGCUUUGGAUGCUGUUUGGUGAUUAUAUCCUCGAUUAUGCAAGGUUUUGUUCAGAAUCACUGGACCUUUUUCGGUUGUCGAGUUCUCGCUGGUGCUGGCGUGGGCGCUGCUCAAACUGCUGCACCGCUACUGGCGACCGAGAUUGCUCAUCCACGCCAGCGACAGACAGCUACGGCCUUGUACAACGCAUGCUGGUGUAUUGGAUCUAUUGCGUCGGCAGCGGUAUGUUUUGGAACAUUAUCCAUGACCACUAGCUGGUCAUGGCGAACUGCUUGCCUUCUUCAAGCAUGUUUCCCGGUAGCCCAGCUGGUGGGUCUGUUCAUUGUUCCUGAAAGCCCUCGCUGGUUGAUAUCGAAGGGGAGGAAUGACGAGGCUCUGGCAAUUCUCGCGAAAUAUCAUGCAAACGGCGACAAGCAUGAUGAAUUGGUUCAGCAUGAGUUCCAUCAAAUCUGCAAUACUAUCAACAUCGAGGCACUGGAGCCAAGAAGCUGGGGGUCGUUCUUCUCGUCCAAGGGCGAUGUACACCGUCUGGUAAUUUGUGUUAUGGUUGGUCUUAUGCAGGAAUGGGCUGGAAAUGGAAUUAUCUCCUACUAUCUAGCUCCAAUUCUGGCUUCUGUCGGGGUAACCCGUGCCGCAGACCAAGCAUCAGUUAACGUGGGCCUGCAAGUUUGGAACCUCUUCCUCUCUGCAGGGGGUGCUGUAGCCUCUGAGCGAUAUGGCCGACGCAUUCUUUGGCUUCUUGGAACAAUGAUCAUGCUUUUCUUCCUCUCCCUGAUGACAAUCGUGGCCGGGGUCUUCCAGGAAAAGCAUAUAGCCGCUGCAGGCUUAGCUGUGGUCCCCAUGAUUUUCCUCUUCUUCUCCGGGUUCAACCUCGCCUAUGCGCCAUUGUUCAUUGCCUAUCCUGCUGAAAUACUACCAUUCCCGCUUCGGGCGAAGGGCAUGGCUAUUACACUGUCAACGGAUGCGGUUGCGUGCUUUUUCAAUCAGUACGUCAAUCCGGUUGCAUUUUCUGCUAUACAGUGGAAGUACUACCUUGUCUAUGUGGGAUGCUUGACAUGGUUCUUGGUGACGGUCUAUUUCCUCUUCCCGGAGACGAAGGGAAGAUCUCUUGAGGAGGUUUCCAGGAUCUUUGAUCGCAAAGAAGUUCGAAGCGAGGAUUCUAGCGAUACCAAGACGGAGGCAUAA